ACUGGCCUCAAGCGUACCUAAGAGAGCCGCUUCAGCCAUCACGACAACAGGGACUGUAUUCCCACCCAACGAGUAUCCCGACAGCAAUUAGGGUCGGAUUUGGAUAGUUCUGGGCUCAAUUGAGCAAUUGAGACCUAUCUCAGGGUUGUCUUCGCUAUCCUGCAGCCGCUACACCCCGACCGAACCCGUCCCUUUACGCGAUAUGCUGCGCCUGUCCAGCUUCUCCUGAACGUAACCAACCGACCCGAGAAAAGGGAGCCUUCACUUGGACUCAUAACCGCAUAUCGAUGCCAAUAUGUCGCGCUCUAUGAUGCUCUUGUCGGCUCAGAGGAGCUGCGCAAGUCUCCUCGGUUCGACCGCCUUUCGUGGGCUUGCGAUUCGACAAUAUGCCACUGCCACGAGGAAGAAGUCCGUCGAGAAGCCCGCCACGAAAUCCAGCGAGCCUGCCGCAACUGCCCCCACCAUCGAGAAAGCAAACAAUGACUCCGUCAUUAUGCGCACCUACAAGCCGCGAACACCCGGUGUCCGUCAUCUGAAGCGUCCGAUCAACGAUCACCUGUGGAAGGGCCGACCCUUCCUGCCACUGACCUACCCCAAGAAGGGCCACGGCAAGGGAGGUCGUAACAACUCUGGAAGGAUCACCGUCAGACAUCACGGAGGUGGCGCGAAGAGGAGGAUACGAACCGUUGAUUUUGAGCGCUGGCAGGCUGGUCCGCAUCUGGUCGAUCGCAUCGAGUACGACCCAGGUCGAAGUGCUCACAUUGCGCUGCUCUCGAACAAGUCUACCGGGCGCAAGAGCUACAUCGUUGCUGCCGAGGGUAUGCGUGCCGGCGACGUCGUCCACAGCUACCGUUCCGGUAUUCCCAAGGACCUUCUUGACAGCAUGGGAGGCGUCGUCGAUCCCGGUAUUUUGGCAGCCAAAACGGCCUGGAGAGGCAACUGCUUGCCCAUGCACAUGAUUCCUGUCGGUACUGUUAUCUUCAACGUCGGCUCGAGAGCCAAGGGCGGUGCUGUAUUCUGUCGCAGUGCUGGUACCUACGCAAUCUUGGUUUCCAAGGAGGAAGAGACCAGGGACGACGGUACCAAGGUUGUUACGGGCAAGUACAUCAACGUUCGUCUUCAGAGCGGCGAGAUUCGCAGAGUCAGUAAAGACGCCUGCGCAACGAUUGGAGUCGCUAGCAACCCCCACCACCAGUACAGACAAUUGGGCAAAGCCGGACGAAGCAGAUGGCUCAACAUUCGCCCCACGGUUCGUGGUCUUGCCAUGAACUCCGUCGAUCACCCUCACGGUGGUGGUCGUGGUAAGUCCAAGGGUAACCGCCACCCUACCAGUCCAUGGGGCACUCCCGCCAAGGGCGGCUUCAAGACCCGUCGCAAGCACAACUUCAACAAGUGGGUUGUCGAGCCCAGAGUACGCAACAUGGGCAAGAGAAGAAGCAAGGCCUCAUAAGUCAUGCUAGUCCAUCGACGAGAUCCGACUGUAGACGGACGCGACGGACGCGAACAGACAUUUACCGAGCCUGAAACGAAACUCGAUGCCCCUGCUGUAAAUGUAUGUCAUAGUAUUUGUAUCAUAGAGCUAUUCAUGUUGAGUUGCCGACCUCCGGCACAUUCUCCCAAGAUACCGCAG